CCACUACUUCACAUUAAUUUUACGUAAAAAGCCGCAUAGCUGGAUAAAUUGCAUUGAUAAUAAAAAGCUCAUCUCAUUAAAAUUAUGUCAGGCAAUUUACAUCGUUUCAUUAAAAACUGUAGCACAAGAUCUACAUAUUGGAAACAAACAUGCCUCUCAAAGUUGACUCCAAAUACAACGGCUAAUCAGGUACAGCGACGAUUCGCCGCCACAGAUCCUACUAAAGGCAAAGGUCCUAUUUCAUGGCGGAGUUUAGCAUUAAUUGGUGGCGCUGGUGCGAUUGGCUUAGGUUUUAUGUUAUAUGUAAAAAAAGAGAAAGAGGAAGCUAUUAUGCGCGAGCGAAAACGGCAGUUGGGCAAAGCAGCGAUUGGUGGGCAUUGGGAACUCGUUGAUUCAGCGGGUGCAGUACGCAAAUCGGAAGAUUUCCUGGGUAAAUGGCUGCUUAUUUACUUUGGGUUUACGCACUGUCCGGAUAUAUGUCCAGAUGAGUUGGAGAAAAUGGCGGCAGUUGUGGAUGCUAUAGAAAAGUCACCACAAACUCCGGAAAUUCAACCGAUUUUUAUAACUGUCGACCCGGAGCGUGAUACCAAAGAGAUUGUCGGCAAGUAUGUGAAAGAAUUUUCACCUAAAUUGCUGGGCCUCACCGGCACCGUGGAACAAAUACGAAAUGUUUGUAAAGCAUUCCGCGUGUAUUUUAGUGCUGGACCACGCGAUGUGGAUAAUGAUUACAUUGUUGAUCACACUAUCAUCAUGUAUCUAGUCAAUCCAGAUGGAGAGUUUGUGGAUUAUUAUGGACAGAAUCGCGAUAAGGACCAAUGCAUAAGUUCGAUAUUAGUUAAUAUCACCAAAUGGAAUAAUUUGAAUAAAAAAUGGUUCGGUUAAAAGGGUGGCUGGUUCAAAGAUAAAAUUAAGAAAUUGUUAGGUUCCUGGACUGUUAAGGGGUGGUUGCAUUUAUACCGUCUGCAGGUAGUGUUAUGCGCAAUAAAUUUAAACAAAAAGAGCAUGUAUGUAUAUGAAAAAA